CGAGUCUUUGUUGCGUUUGUGUUCAGACUGCCUUUUAUUAUUAUUUUUUAAAAUGGCGUGUGGCGGGCUGGUUUUCCCGCAGCCCCACCUGGGAUGGGAUGUUCCUGGGUGUGGCCUCUUGUUCCGGCAAGUGUGUCUGUCUCUGUCUUGCUGCUCUUCUUUUUCUCUUUUCCAGAUGAUUGGUGAUCAAUCUGUGCAGCUGCCGAUAUGAGAGUGUGCGUAGGGCCGCCCAACAGUAUGGCCUUCGAGAGGGAGGGGAAAACGACGACUGGACUCUCUACUGGACUGACUUCUCAGUGUCGCUGGAGCGGGUGAUGGAGAUGAAAAGUUACCAGAAAAUCAAUCACUUCCCGGGGAUGAGUGAAAUCUGCCGCAAGGACUUGCUGGCCAGGAAUAUGAGUCGCAUGUCAAAGUUGUUCCCUAAAGAUUUCCACUUUUUCCCUCGGACCUGGUGUCUUCCUGCUGACUGGGGAGACUUGCAGAACUACAGCAGGUCAAGAAAAAAUAAGACAUACAUUUGUAAGCCGGAUUCGGGCUGCCAAGGGAGAGGUAUAUUCAUCACCCGGACAGUGAAAGAGAUCAAACCGGGGGAGGAUAUGAUCUGUCAGCUCUAUAUUUCAAAGCCCUUUAUCAUCGAUGGGUUCAAGUUUGACCUGCGGAUUUAUGUGCUGAUGACAUCCUGUGACCCUCUCAGGAUUUUUACGUACAAGGAAGGACUGGCCCGCUUCGCCACGACCUCUUACUCCCACCCUUGCACAGACAACCUGGAUGAUAUCUGCAUGCACCUGACUAAUUACUCCAUCAAUAAACACAGUUCCAAUUUCAUUCAAGACUCGCUCUCUGGCAGCAAGAGGAAGCUCUCCACCUUCAACACGUACAUGGAGAGCCAUGGCUACAACGUGGAGCAGAUAUGGAGAGAUAUCGAGGAUGUCAUCAUCAAGACGAUCAUCUCCGCCUACCCCAUCAUCAAGCACAACUACCACACCUGCUUCCCCAACCACACACUCAACAGCGCCUGCUUCGAAAUCCUGGGCUUCGACAUUUUGUUGGACCGCAAACUCAAGCCCUGGUUGCUGGAGGUCAACCACUCUCCGAGCUUCUCCACCGACUCCUGCUUGGAUAAGGAGGUGAAGGACAGCCUGCUGUAUGACACCUUGGUCCUGAUCAACCUGGGGAGCUGUGACAAAAAGAAAGUCUUGGAGGAGGAGAAGCAACGGGGCCGGUUCCUGCAGCAAUGCCGUUCCCGGGAGGCCAAGAUCAAGGAACUCAAGGGUUUCCAGGCCUUGCGUCGAGAGAAAACUGAGAAGUAUGAGAAGGAAAACUGUGGAAGUUUCCACCUGAUUUAUCCCAAUCUGACUUCGGAGAAGUAUGAGAAGUUUUUCCAGGACAAUAACUCCCUCUUCCAGAAUACUGCCACCUCCAGGGCCCGGGAGCUGUAUGCCCGGCAACUGAUCCAGGAGCUGAGACUAAAACAGGAGAAAAAAUCCUUGCAAACGAAAGAGAAGAAGGUAGAGAUGCAGGGAGAAUCGGCAGGCGAGCACGCGAGAGGCAAGGGGGCGAAGAGCUGGCAACAGACACAACAGCGAAAAUACAAGGCCGCCGCCACCCAAGUCUCCAAACAAUCACUGACAUUAGUGCCCUGCACGCCUGACAUGCUCUUGGAUGUCGGAGAUGCAAAGAAAAAUGAUCCAGAGAUCAGCCUCAACCAGGAGGCCCCCAAGAAGGAAGAUGGCCCUGCUUCCCCCGGGCCUUCCUCUGCGAGACAUUACUGCUCUCUCCCCGACCUGAGGAACUCAAGCCUUUUCAGCUGCUCUGGGCUGGAUCUCAGUAAACCCAUCUCCAGAAUCAAGGAAGCCAAGUGUGCCUCUGUAGUGAGCAUACUCCCCAGCCCCGUGCUCUUAUCGUCAUUAGAGACCUCAGAUACCUGCACCCAGUUCUCAGACUCCCCUGAGUCCCCGCUGCUGAGCACGACAAACAGCCCAGAAUGCAGUAGCCCAGAGAUGGACAGAGUGGUCUCCCUUAAAUGCAAACAGCAGACCCCCCAGUACCUCUUCCAGGAGAAAAUAUCAAAAAUUUCUCUGCCGACAAAAUCCCAGCGCUACUCGUUGAACCCACGUUGGACUUGGCUAAAGAAUAACGCGAGGAAACAGCAUCUGAUGUCAGAGCUGUUCACCAAGGUUCACCUGAGGGAGAAGUUCUCCUUGUUCCCAGCUUCCUACAACUCAAAGCUGGCGUUACGUAACCAGUCACAAAACUUCUCCCUGCCCCAGAAGUGUUACUUGCGCAGCCAAAGCUCUCAUGAGAAGAGGCCGCUGGAUAUGCCCUCCCUCCUCUUCUUGAAGAAAACUCACCGCCGUGAUAUUUCUCUGAGGGAUCUACUGGUGGUGGCUACUUCAGCCCGACUGGAUCCGAGGCCUGACAGAAGACGUCUGGGUGCUAUGAGGGACCUGUGUAUACAGGAUCGGGAAGCAUGCAAUCACUGCCUGAUCUCUGGCCAAAAAGAAUGUGAGAGGAAAUAGAAUCAGACUGGAUCUCUGCUAUUCCCCACCCCACCUCCAUUUUACUUUUUACUCCCAGGAAAUGAUUUGUCUCUUCUUACAGUGUCUACAAUGCCCAUGGGAUGAACCAAAAGUUUUAUUUUCUCAACUAGAUAUCCUAGUCUUCUAAGUCCCUCCCUCUCACUAGCACCACUGAGGCCAACAGCCUUGCUUUUUGUGCCCUCCCAGUUAGCUGACAGUGCUGUAGGACCAUGACUUCUGGGAGUUACUGAUGUUGUCCCGGGACACGCCCCAUGUUGCUCCUACCGGUGUCAUUCCUAUGGGCCCCUCACAUGGCACCAUCAUCCAGAACACUCCCCCAGACGGAGCAGUGCAAGGGAGGAGUGUUUCAGAGGAGGGUUCACAGCUUUCAAGAAUCCAAAGUCCUCAGUCCACCGACAGGCCUGUGUCAGUUGGUCUUCAACUCCAAAGAGCAAAGGCAGAGAGAGGGCUAGACAUGACGGAGAACUCAGAGCCCCGAGUGAGAGAAUUGGGGCAGUCACCACCACCAGGUACAGAUCAUACUUCCUCCCAUCCCAGCCACCUCCGUGCCCAGACAUCUUCCUGCUACUGCCCUUACCAGCCCCACUCAAUCUCGCCAGUGAAGACAGAGGUGAGGAGAGAGUGGCCAGCCUGCAGAUGUUUCUUCCAUCAACCUACAGAAAUGCUGCAUUUCCCCCUCAUGUGUACAUUAAUAAAAUAAAUCACCAUGCUCGA